AUUACAGACUUGUCUCCCCACCGUGAUCACCACUCCACCGUCUAAUCCUGUGGUAUCCUAGUUUCUUGACCUUUCGCAGUACGACACGCAAUUUUAGUUGUAAGGCGGUCUAUACAAAACUGGACUUUUACUACAAACUCUUGCCUUCUCCCGUCCUGAAAUUCCACAAGCAUGAGCUCACGAGGUGGAAGGCAGUCAAUGUCGGAGCUGCGGUAUCGUAGGCUGCUGGAGCACAACCAGCGCCUUCGAGAAGAUUUGGCAAGGCCAAGAAUUCGGGUUAGUGAAGCUGCCGCUAGUCUAAUUCGCUACUGCAAGACGACGAAAGAUCAUCUGGUUCCGUCUGUGUGGGGUCCAGUCACCAAGGCAGAUGACGUGUAUGGUCAACAAAAAUCUGGAGGGGGCUGUUGUUCGAUACAAUAACCUGGACGGCUUUGCAUAUCUUCAUUGACCCGUCUAUAUGUUAGCGCCUGACACAGUUCUCGCUUAUACCGCUGCAUUAUGAUGUGGACCCACUGCUUCAUUGACCCCGAUAGUUUUUUAUCUCUUACCUGUACCUAUAUUCAACCUUUCAUCAUUGUAACAAACUCUACGCUAUGCUUUCAAUGUUUUGAUACAUUUUUUGGAACCCAGAGGGGUAUGGAACA